AUGGAUGACAAAGAAAAAGAAAAAUUAGAAGCCAUGUUUUACAGAAAGAAAAAGAACAACAAAAAGAAGAAGAAGAAAAAAGAUCGUGGUAUUAGAGAAGUUGUUUGUCCAUAUCUACCAGAAGAAAUAGUAGUGAAAAUCCUAUUUAUGUUGCCCCAUGAGUGUGUGUCCAAUAACAUUCAGAGUAGUAGCAGUGGUUGUGGGGUUAGUAGACAAUGGAGGGAGAUCAAAUAUAUGAUAAAGCUACAUCCAGACAUUAGUUUUGACUAUCAUGAUGUAGUGUAUAUGAAAUCAGUUUGUUAUUGGCUCUAUAAAGGGGUCAACAAGUUUCGAAUUCUUUCAUUCGAUAUGAGUGAUGAGAAAUUUGCAAAUUAUUACAGAGACUUUAACCAAACAAGAAUGGUUGAAAUGUGGAUUAUGGUAGUAGAAAAUGAUAAUACUUAUCAUUGGAAUAAGCAUCUAACCAUUUCUCUCACUGUUGAUAUAAUUCAAUGUUUGGGUUUUUGGAAUCAUGAUGAAGAGCUCUUGAUGAUGGCAUAUAAGGACAUUCUUAUGUCCUAUAAUAUGAGAACGAUGAAGAUGAAGACACUGGAAUUUUCUUCAAGUAAUAAGGAGCACCUAUACUGA